GCCCGGGUCACCGCCGCCUCCGUCGCCGCCGCCGCCGGGGUCGCGAUCCCCGCGCCCGUCCAAAGUCGCCGCGCCCCGGCCGCCCGCACCUUGGCGGAGGGCGCGCACAUGGCGACCCAGGCGCACUCCCUCAGCUACGCGGGCUGCAACUUCUUGCGCCAGCGGCUGGUCCUGUCCACCCUGAGCGGGCGCCCCGUCAAAAUCCGAAGGAUUCGGGCCAGAGACGAUAACCCGGGCCUCCGAGACUUUGAAGCCAGCUUCAUAAGACUGUUGGACAAAGUAACUAAUGGUUCUCGGAUUGAAAUAAACCAAACAGGAACAACCUUGUAUUACCAGCCUGGCCUCCUGUACGGUGGGUCUGUGGAACAUGACUGUAAUGUCCUUCGCAGCAUUGGCUACUACCUGGAGAGUCUUCUUUGUCUGGCUCCAUUUAUGAAGCACCCGUUAAGAAUCGUUCUGCGAGGAGUAACCAAUGACCAGGUUGACCCUUCGGUUGAUGUUCUUAAGGCAACAGCCCUCCCUCUGUUGAAGCAGUUUGGAAUUGACGGUGAAUCAUUUGAGCUAAAGGUGGUGCGACGAGGAAUGCCUCCUGGAGGAGGAGGGGAGGUAUUCUUCUCGUGUCCUGUGAGGAAGGUCCUGAAGCCCAUUCAGCUCACAGAUCCAGGAAAAAUCAAGCGAAUCAGAGGGACUGCGUACUCCGUGCGUGUGUCACCGCAGAUGGCAAACCGGAUUGUGGAUUCUGCAAGGAGCAUCCUCAACAAGUUUAUACCCGAUAUCUAUAUUUACACAGACCACAUGAAAGGAAUCAACUCUGGGAAGUCUCCAGGCUUUGGGUUGUCACUGGUUGCUGAGACCACCAAUGGCACUUUCCUCAGUGCUGAACUGGCCUCCAACCCUCAGGGCCAGGGAGCAGCAGUGCUUCCGGAGGACCUCGGCAGGAACUGUGCCAAGCUGCUGCUCGAAGAAAUCUAUAGGGGUGGAUGUGUGGACUCAACCAACCAAAGCCUGGCUUUGUUGCUCAUGACCCUUGGACAGCAGGAUGUUUCCAAAGUCCUGCUGGGACCUCUCUCUCCCUACACGAUAGAGUUUUUGCGACAUUUGAAGAGCUUUUUCCAGAUUAUGUUUAAAAUUGAAACCAAGCCAUGUGGCGAAGAACUCAAGGGUGGGGAUAAAGUGCUGAUGACCUGUGUUGGUGUCGGUUUCUCCAACCUUAGCAAGACUCUCAAGUGAUACUCUUACCUGAUAAGGUCCCAGCGCCUACAAACAAAGCAGAAGUUGCCAUGGACACCCAAAGAGAUCAAGCCCAGAUUCAUCCAGGACAGGAUAUGCUCUUAUAUUAAGGAUUUGUUAAUUCUCUGUUUUAAAAAAAAAAAAAAAUCAGAAUAUUUAAAAAAAAAGACAUCUCUGUAUCAUGUGGUUUCUAGCCUUUUCUGCGGUGGCGCUGACUUUCCUCAGGAAGCCCAUGACGAGCACUCCCUCCCUUGGCUCACUUGGAUGAAGAGUGUGCCUUCAGAACAACCUCACACCUGCAUUUCAGCAGUGCCUCCCCGGUCUUCAUCCCUGAGCUUCUGUUGUUGGCUGUUUUCCAGACCUAUGGAGUCUCUUGCUGUUCUUCCUGUAAGGACUGACCACUUUGAGCCUCGGUUUCUGUAUGGGGAUUAAAUGAGAUAACAAGUGGAGGGCACAGCUAUGCACUCGCCAGAAUGGGAUAUGGAACUAAUUUGUCCCUCAUCUUCUGAAUGGACUGACAUCUUGGAUGUGGGUGCCGCUCCCUGUCUGAUUCACUGUAUGAAUCUAUGGGGCCGUGUGUGCCUGGGGAGGGCAAGGGUCAAUUAAAGUUAUGGGAUAUUUUCUAUA